AUGGCGAAGACACCUUUGCCAGUUAUCGCUGAGGGGACGAUAGAACAUGCCUCCCUGGACGGAGAUAAGCCAACAAAGAUUGCUUUAGAUCUCAUAAAAGAAUUCAAUGCAGCUCUGAAGGCUAAUGACGCGGCUGCUGUGGAAAGCUGCUUCUUCGCGGAACAGGCGUACUGGAAAGACCAGCUGGCUUUUACGUAUCACCUCCGGACAUUUCAACAAGCCGGUGUAAUUGCCAGCAACCUGAUAGAGACCAAAUGUCUCCGGGGACUCGAUCAAUUCAGGCUUGAUGGAGUCGCUAGUUUUGCGCCAGUCACUCCCUCACUCCAAUUCAUCGAUUGCAAUUUCACGUUCCAAACAGUGUCGCCAGCCGCUAUAUGUCACGGCAAACUUCUUCUUUUACCUAUCAAAUCCCAUCGUAGAAACGUGGACUCAGUGACCUGGAAGAUUUGGUUGUUGAGUACCAGACUUGUCGACUACACCUUCCAUCCCGAAAAUCUAAGUCUCUUACGGGGCCCGGCAAAGCAGCUCGGCAUUCUCGACCAGCUCGAAACAGAUGUGAUCAUUAUCGGCGGAGGCAACAGUGCAGUGAGCGUCGCCGCUCGGUUGAAGGCUUUAGGCGUCGAGAGUGUCAUGCUCGAUCGCAACCCCACCCCUGGAGACAACUGGGCUCUUCGAUAUCACGCCAUGAAGUUUCACAUUCCAACAGUGAUCUGCAAUAUGGCGUAUCUGGAGUACGCAAAGGAGCUGCAGUUCCCACAUUUUCUCACCAGGGAGGAGCUAGCAAAUCAGGUCCAGCGAUAUGUGGCCACGUUCAAUCUAAACAUCAUUAACUCGGUCAAAAUCAAGUCGACGACAUACGAUCAAGUCAACAAGGUUUACACAGUGACAUUUAUGACGCCUACGGGUCCGCGUGUCGCUGUAGCUAAGCAUAUUGUUCAAGCAACUGGUAUCGGAUCGCAGAAGCCUCACAUGCCGCUCAUGUCUGAUCCUCAGCUGUAUAAGGGCGUCAGUCUCCAUUCUACUGCCUAUCGUAGCGCCAAAGACUUGAAGAUGCUCGGUGUUAAGUCUGCCCUUGUGAUAGGCUCAGCAAACACAGCUUUUGAUAUCCUCGAGGAUUGCCACGCGGCCGGGCUGAAGACGACAAUGGUCGUUCGGUCCCCGACUUUUGUCUUUCCAGUUGCGUAUAUUUGCGAUCCUGCAGCACACGGAAAUUACGAAAAGCUUGGAGUGGAAGCAGACAAGGAUUCCAUGGCUUUGCCGACCAACAUCGACGCCCAUCUGGUACGAGGGCACUUUUUUCAAUCAGCCUCCCAAGAGCCGGACCGUUAUGCAGCUCUCGCCAAAUCAGGUUUCCCCGUCAUAGACGGCCGUUCGCCAGAGAGUUGUCUGCUAGUCAAUCUCUUCGAGAAGGGCGGAGGACACUAUCUGGAUGUAGGGGGUACAGCGUUGCUCUCGGAUGGCAAGGCAGGUGUCAAGGCUAAUGUCGAACCCGUCGCCUUCACUAGCACCGGUUUACGAUUCUCGGAUGGCAGCACGCUUGAUGCCGAUGCCGUGGUAUGGUGCACGGGAUUCGCCGACCGGGAUGUGCGCAAAUCUGCGGCGGAGAUACUGGGAGCAUCGCCAAUGGAUGAGAUGAACACGCUAUCCGGGGAUGGGGGAUGCGGAAGCAGCGGAAGCCUUGGUCCUCGGGAGAUCGCGGCUCGACUUGACGCGACUUGGGGCGUCGACGCCGAGGGCGAAGUUCGUGGGAUGUGGAAGCGGCAGCUUCGGCUUGAUUACUACUGGAUUAUGGGUGGUGAUACAAGAGUUCAGCGAUGGCAUUCGCGUACUUUGGCACUGCAGAUCAAAGCUGAACUCGCAGGUGUAUUACCUCCGGCAUAUCGGGAUACGCUCGCUCCCAAGUGCCAGUCAUCGACUGGACGGAAGCCCAGAACGAGUCGUCUGUGA